UUUAUCAAGAGUUCAGUGCAAUGGUGAGCAGAAAAACUAGACUGAGGGAGUUGAGGAGUAAAUAAUAGUUGGAAAACAGGGAUAAAGGAAGAUAGAGUUGUUAUCAGAAAGAGAAGCUGUGAAGAUUUCCCCCCAGUAAAAAUGAACGACACUUAAGCAUAUUUGUAUGCUGAGAGGAAGUGGACAGUAGAGGUUAAAGUUGCAGAAUAUAGAACCGGGAAAACAGAUCGAUCAAGAAUGGGAUGUAGAGUUGGAAUGAUUAUUUUGAGGCAAGAGGAAACAGACCUCUCCCUCCAAACUGGAUAAGAGGGGUACGUCGGAUGCGGAUGUAGGUAAGUCUGAAAGGGCAAGGAAGCAUAAAUUUGAGGAAGUUCACAUCGGAGAUUCUCACUUUUCACUAUCUAAUUGUAGGUAAGGUCAGCCGCAGGUAUGAGAUAAGGGACUUAAGAACAGGUAGAGGCAGGGAAUAACUCUUAAUAGUUGAGGAGGGGCAUUAAUAAAUUAGAAAAGGUAAGUAGAGAGUACAACUUCAAGAAGCUGGCAUAUGAAGGACCUCUAAAGGCAAAAGAGACAUCUUGGAAUUUGUAUCUAGUUCUUCCCAGGCAAGUAACAAAACUCAUCCAUCUUCAGAGGAAAGCACUAAACCAGAAGGAUUUUGCCAACCACAGAAUUGAAUAGAAUGUGUAUGUGUGGGGGAUGACAACCCAAAUUCCAAAUGAAAGUGGGCAUGGGAUCAUUUAUGUUUGUGGACCUGUUGUGUCAUCUCCUUAUAUGAAAACAAGCAUAUCUUAUGGGUCUUCUUAGCCUUCAACAUCCAGAGUGGUAAUAAUGCAGAAAUAAUGCUGAGUUUAUCUUCCAUGACUAAGUACUGUCAAGUAAAGCCAUAGAAAUGAAUUAUGAUGUAAUUGUUUUCUUUUGCAGAGUCUUGCCUCUCUUGAGCCUGAGUCAUGAGUUGGAUGUUCCUCAGAGAUCUCCUAAGUGGAGUAAAUAAAUAUUCAACGGGGAUUGGGCGGAUUUGGCUGGCUGUCAUAGUCAUCUUCCAUUUGCUGGUCUACAUGGUAGCAGCAGAGCAUGUGUGGAAAGAUGAGCAGAAAGAGUUUGAGUGCAACAUUAGACAGCCUGGGUGUGAAAAUGUGUGUUUUGACUACUUCUUCCCCAUCUCCCAGGUCAGACUUUGGGCCUUGCAGCUGAUCAUGGUAUCCACACCUUCGCUUCUGGUGGUUCUACAUGUAGCCUAUCGUGAGGGUAGAGAGAAGAGGCACAGAAAGAAGCUCUAUGUCAGCCCGGGUGCAAUGGAUGGGGGCCUGUGGUACACUUACCUUAUCAGUCUCAUUGUUAAAACUGGUUUUGAAAUUGGCUUCUUGGUUUUAUUUUAUAAACUGUAUGAUGGCUUUAGUGUUCCCUACCUUGUGAAGUGUGGUUUGAAGCCUUGCCCCAACACCGUGGACUGCUUCAUCUCCAAACCAACUGAGAAAACGAUCUUCACCUUCUUCUUGGUCAUUACCUCAUGCCUAUGCAUUGUGUUGAAUUUCACUGAAUUGAGCUUUCUAGUUCUCAAGUGUUUCAUUAAGUGCUGUCUCCAAAAAUACUCUAAAAAGCUCAAGUCCUCGGUGUGUGAGUGCCACAACCUCAGCUAUGUCAAAAGUGGUGAGAUAGGGGGCCCUCCCUUACUCCAGAAUCACAACUCAGGUUUGGCCAUAAGCACAGCCCAACGACCUGAAGCAAAGCUACAUUGUGACACCUAAAAGGGUUAAACAAAGAAAACCAGCAUCCCUCCAAGCAAGACCUAAACUGAGUUGGAAAGCUAAGGAUGUCAGCCUUAAUACCAUUAUUUGGGGAAGAUUUUUAAAAAAUUUGCAGUAUGUUCUCAGUUGUGAACAUUAGACAGAGGUCUCAUUGUCUUGUGGGGUUCUCCAUUGUAUAGAUACAAAAGUUGUGUGUGAAAUAGUUAAUUGAAAAUUAGUCUGAAGAAAUUCAACUCACAGCAUUCUUUUAAGUGCUUAGGUCUGUCAACUGGAAAAUGUAAAAAGUGACACUUCCGACAAAUGUAAUGGCCUCCACCCUGCAGUUGAGGCACUGGCAAUCUUUCUAAAGUGGCAGCUAGGGCUCCAAACACUCAGUCCUAUUUACUCCUUGUAGAGAAAGACCAUGAUGCUAGGUGGAAUAGCAGUUAACUCAGGGCUCACAGAAGCACAUCCAAUGAGCAGGCCCAGGCCAGGGAAAAGGCCACAGAGCCCAGAACUCUGGCAGUUUAAGUAUCCCUGGAUAUGAGUGGCUAGCAGAUAGGGAAGCUGAAUUUUAGUGCUCUCCAAGUUAAGUAUAAAUAUUACUGGGAGAUAACUUCUGAAAAGAUCACUCUAGAGUCAUGAGGGAAGGCAGGUCCCACAGAAAAAAGCACAUUGAUAGGGAGGAGGGGAGGCUCCAUAAGAAGAAUUUGCCCAUCUGAUAAUCAACGAACAAUUCUAACCAUAAGAAUGUUGAUAUACUUUGUAAAUUCCCACGUUGUGGGACCUUUUUAUAAUCAGGAACUUACAGUGUACUACACAAUAUGUCACAGUCUGCCUAUAAUUUACUAGCACAUCUCCCACUUGUUUUGAAGAGUAUAGCUUUCGUUUACUUUUUUAUUUUAAAAAAAAUUCAUAGGUAUAUUCUCCUUGGACUUAAUGUUCUAACAUAGGUGCAUUUCUCCAGAUUAAAAAUAAAGUGGUUUUGCCGUGCUAUGGUGUGGUCACUGAUAUAUUUAGCUGCACUGGGUAUGAUUAUUCUGUGAAAUAAAACUUGUUCUGACAAAUUCAUAACAGGAUUUGCAACACUACUUGGCAUAGAGAGCUCAGAAAUCAUUCUCCACUGGGAAUUUCUUAAUGGAAAGGCAGUGCAUAAAAAUGUAAUUUUAAAUAAAAACCCAAUUAUGUCAUGUCUUCCAUGCCCUGCCCUCUUCAGAAUAAAAUGUCUCAUUACAAUUUGUGCAUAAUUAAGGUUAUUUGGGUCAUUAUGUAGUCUACAGACCAUGUCAGCAACAGUGGUCAUAAUUUUUGCCUUAAAGACUGUCCUGACAGGACUAAUAGCCCAUAUAAAUCAUGGCCUCAUCUAGCCUGAGACCAGAAGAACUAGAUGGUGCUCAGCUACCACUACCAACCAUU